AUGAAUUCUAAUUUUUUGAAAUAGAUUGAAGAGGAAAAUAGAAUUUUGGAAUAAGAAUUACAAAAUCUAUUAAAGUAAUUAAAUAUCCCAAUCAUUGUUAAGUUAAAAAAGACAUAGAGUAGAGAAAGAAUAUGAAGAUCCUGAAGAGGAUAAUAAUCCAAAUUUUAGAAGUGAAAAAGGGGAUCUAAGUAAAAUAGAUGAAGAAACAGAUGAAGAAUAGCCAAAUCGUAUUGAACCACAUAGAUUAAUGGAAUCACCAUAAAAGCCAGGUAUAACAAAUUUUGAAUAUUUUAUUAGAAUCAAUUAUAGAUAACAUAUAAGAUUCCAUUAACAAUUAAUCAGAGAUAAGAAGUAGCAGUAUUGUCGAUAAUUAAAGUAAUAGGCAAUCAUAAAAAAAUGUAGACUAAAAAAAUAAAUAAAUAAAUUCUUUAGAAAUGCGUUUAUUGGGUACAAGAGAAGCAUUAAAAUGUUUAGAAAAGGAAGUAAAAGAAAAAAAUGCGAUUAUAUAAAAUUUAGAGAUUGAUUUAGCCUAAAAGUAAAAAUAAAUUGAUUUUCUUAAAAAAAUUACUCACAAAACCAAUACUCCUCCAAAAAAAGAAUUUUAUAAUGAUGGAUUAUAAGAAAUAAAGAAUAAAUGUAAAGAAUGGGAGAGAAGAUAUAUUGAAUCUAAUGGUUAAUUUAAAGAGUACUAAUAAUAUACGUCUAAAUUAUAAGAAUUAAAUUAGCAAUUAAUGUAUAAAUUAAAAUAAUUUGAAUCUGAGAAACUAUUAUCUAAAUCAGAAUUGGAUUAAUAGAAGAAUAUAAAUAAUGAAAUGAGUGAAACGAAUACAAAUAUUUUGAUUAAGUAUAUAGUAUAAUUAUAUCUUAUUAGAUAUGAAUAAAUAAUAAAAUCUUAAUAAGAACAGAUCCUAUAAUAAGAGGAUAAAUAUAGAAUAUUGAAUGAUAAAUAUGAUGAAUUAAAAUAGAAUAGUGAAUAAUUUCUAUUAAGUUCUCGUGAUUUAAAAUAUCAAUAUGAACACAUGCUUAAUACUUUAUAAUCUAUUGCAAAUAGUUAUUGA